UGAUUAAUGUCACGGUCAGUGAGGUUCUUGACGAAGUAUAUGCAGGAAAAUCAUAGUUUUGUAAGUGACAACUAGAGUAUUAUUUGUGAAGAACUUUAAUUAUAAUAUACAUUAAGAUGGUGGAACCAAUUUUUAAUUAUCAGUUCCGUCUGAUACUGAUUGGUGACAGUACAGUCGGAAAAAGUUCAUUGCUGAAAUAUUUUACCGAUGGAAAGUUCGCAGAGCUUUCAGAUCCAACAGUAGGAGUAGAUUUUUUCGCUAGAUUAAUUGAAUUAAAAGAUGGAACAAAGAUAAAAUUACAAUUGUGGGACACAGCUGGCCAAGAAAGAUUUAGGUCAAUUACAAAAUCAUAUUAUAGAAACUCUGUUGGAGUCUUACUUGUGUAUGAUGUCUGUAAUAGAGCAAGUUUUGAACAUAUUCCUCAAUGGAUGAUGGAUGCUCGCAGACAUAUCGAACCACAUCGCCCUGUAUUUGCAUUGGUAGGUUGUAAAUUAGAUUUAGUUACCAAUGGGAGUAGACGAGAAGUUUCAAAGGAAGAAGCAAGAGCUUUUGCUGACCAACAUGGAGUACAUCAUAUUGAAACCAGUGCAAAGACUGGAAUUAAUGUUGAAGAGGCAUUUCGAAUAGUUACACAGGAAGUUUAUAGUAGAAUACAGACUGGUGAAUACAAGUUAGAAGAUGGUUGGGAUGGAAUAAAAACUGGAUUUUAUAAACCUAGUGGUUUUGAUUUUAAUCUAAUUGAAGCAGAACCUGCAGAAACUUCUUGUUGUUAAACGAAAAUUUAGUUUAUUAAGGAUGCAGUUGUUUGUAACAAUGUUCAGGAUGCAGUGGUAGUAAAUUUUUUAAGUUUUCCUAAAUCUUGAUAUUAAGGGAAAAAAUGACAGAUAUAAAAAAUUUUUAGAUUAAUAUUAUUUAACGAUAAUGAAGGAAAAUCAUAUUCUUACAUUCCACUGCAUUCUAGUUUUAGAAGAGAGACUUACAAUAAAUGUGUAUAAAUCUUGAUUAGACAUUUUUGUACAUAGCUUGUAUAAACAAAUGAUUAUAUGUCAUUGAAGCACAUGGGCAUUGAAUUAGAGUUUUUUUUAUCUUAUUUAAGAAAUAAAAUAUUUCGGUAUGGAGAAAGUUUAUAGUAUAAUUAUAACUAUAAUAUUUUUUGAAUUUUAUGAAAUUUAUGAAUUAAUGAUUUUGUAUAAGAAAAAAAUGAUGGCUGUGCUUCUUUGUCAAAAUGAUCUUUUAAAUGCUGUAGUAAAAAUUUAUUGUCAAAUCUGGAAAUGUAAAACUUUUUUAUUAUAAUACGGAAUAUUUAUUUCUGGCGAGAACGAUAUAAAUUUAGGAAAAAUUCUCAAAAUAAAAGAGUAAAUGUUUGCGUUUUACAUACAAGAAUUAUUAGUAAAAAAUUAUGUCGGUUAUAUUGAUUUAUUAUUUCCUAAAUUUUUAAUUUCAAUGCCACAGUUUGUAAUAAUGUCACAUAGAAGAGCCAAAUUUAUGUAUAUACAUAUGUUCGUAUUGUCCAUAUUUAAUUAAAGCCAAACAAGAUAAUACAUCAGUAAUUACAUUAAUUAAUUUAUAAAACAGUAAGAAACGAACUAUGAUGUAUGUGUUCUAAUUUUAAAACAACAUAAAGUUAUUCUGUACAUAUUAUAUUAUAUAAUUAUAUCAAGAUAUAAGAAAAUCUUGUUAUAAAAUAAUAGAUAGUGUAUUAUAAUUUGUAUAAGUUAUUAUAAAUUUAUCUGCUUUAUUAUAUCUUUAUCACAAGACAUGUCAGUUUGAAAUGAUAUAAGAAAUUUAUAUAUCUAAUGUAAUAUUUUUAAUAUAACUAAUUUUUAUUGAAUGAUACAUUUUAUACUUUUUCAUAUCAAUCUUUUAAAAAGAAAGUUUUUGACUUCCAAGCUAUAAGUUAAGAAUAUAAACAUUUGCAUAUUCUUAAUGCAGGAAUAAAUAAGUCCAAUAAAUUUCAUUCAGAUAAAUAUUAUUUAUGUGAUUUGCAUUUCUCACUGCAAGUCUAAGUAGAGAGAUGUUUAUUUCUAUACAGUAACGGAUGUUAUUUAUAAUAAAUAAUGUAUAUUAAAUAGUGUGUGGUGAAACCUGCGUUUGUAUAAAUAAUGUAAGUAAAUGCAGCACGAAUAGAAUUUAUUUAUGAAAUUUUAUACUCAUUAACUGUGGCAUAAGACAAAACUUAGUAAAUACUGCGAAUUAAUAAUAUAUAACUUAUCAUUACAUUUGUAUAGCUAUAUAACAUUUAUUUUUUUGUCAAUGUAGUAAUAACGUGUACAUAUAAUAUUGUAAUAUGCUAAUUACAAAAUGACUUUUGCAUCUAUAAGAAAUGUAAAUUUGUUUCUUUCUGUUUUAAAAUAUUUUUUUGUAUAUAGAAAUUAGCAAUGUUACAUUGAAGACAUGGAUCAUAAAUCUGUGUUAUAUUGUUUUAAUAUGUGAAUAAAAUUAUAAUUGUACGUAAUACGCGAAAAAUGGAAACAAACAUACAUAUAUAUAUAUAUAUGCUUUAAAAUGCAUAUUUUGUAAGAAUUGUUUUCUCAAAGUUUAUUUUAUGUAUAAUUUGACAAUUUUAGGAAUAUGUACACUUUUGUGCACUACACAUUUAUACAUAAUCAUGUUGAAGAAUAAACAUUAUAGAAUUAUAUAUUAUUUUUUGAUAAUGUAAUGCAUGAUAUUAAUUGACAUUAUUUUCUGUGAUAUAUAUCAGGAAAUUAUGAAUAAUUUUUACGUGUUUGUUUCAAUAUAAAUUAAUUUUCUUAUUU